CCUCUCUCACCUGCUGCAGUCUCUUUAUUACCUGGUUAGACCUUUGUCCCGUCACAGCGUCACAGAGUCUCAGAGGGAGCAGGGACACACAGGACUCGGGACUCCAUGAGAUCCUCCACAGGUUGUCAGGAUGCCAUGGAAAUCCCACGGUUUACCUUCAACCCUAAAGAAGGGAUUGAUAACCCGGCUCUGGUGAUCUCUGAUGACCCAGAGCCAGACCGCGGCCCGCUGCCCAGACUCUGCCAGCUGAAGCGGGUGGAGGAGCAGAGCUUCGGCUUCCUGCUGCAGGUGGAGCAGGGCGGACGGUGCUUCCAGGUCCGGUGUGUGCAGCCGUGGACUCCCGCAGAGCACGGCGGCCUCAGAGACGGAGACCGAGUGCUUGAGGUGAACGAGGAGUAUGUGGGGGACAUGGACUUCAACAAGGUGGUCAGGAAGAUCCAGGCCUGUGGCCUUCACCUGUUCCUCCUGGUGCUGGGGACUAAAGAGUAUGAGCAGGCGCUGGCUCUUGGUGUGGACCUGCAGACUUUGGCCAAGGCCUCUAAGAGGGGCAGCUGGUCCAGACCCAGACUGUGUCACAUCAGCAGAGACCCAGAGCACGGCCUGGGAAUGUCUGUAGUCCUGCUGGAAGGUCAGAGGGGGCAGUUUGUGGUCAGCACCGUGUCUGAUGGUCCAGCAGAGAGAGCAGGAGUCCGGACCGGAGACAGACUGAUCUGGAUCAACGGAGUCAUGACCAAGACAAUCUCACACUCGUCGCUGAGCAGAACUCUGAAGAGGGGCACGGACUCUGUGACGGUGCUGGUCAUCGACAGUGAGGGGGAGGGCUGCUACGUCAGGAGGAAGAUCCCCGUCCUGCCGGUUCUCUCAGAGACCUGCAGCCUCCCUCACCACACCAAGACCAUGAGGCUGAGCAAGGGACCGGACGGGUACGGCUUCCUGCUGAGACAGGAGAGGCUGGCAGGAAGCCGACGCAUUGUCCACGUGCUGAGGGAGGUGGAUGCUGGGAGUCCUGCUGAGGGGACGGGGAUGGAGGACGGAGACCUGCUGCUGGCUGUGAACGGAGAGCCUGUGGAGUCUGCAGAGCACGAAGACAUCGUGAGGAAGAUCAGACGCAGCGGAGAGAAAGUGGUCCUGACGUCCAUCUCUACACCCGGGAGAGACUUAUACAGACAGCUUGGCGUCUCUCCUCUGUUCUUCCACGAUGAGUUCAUCACCUGGGAUGACACGCCGCAGAGCGCCUCAGCCUCAGAGAGAGAGACCCUGACAGGCCCGAGUCAAGAGACCGGAUCAGGGUCUCACUUCAGGUGUGCCUUCGACCCAACUCUAACCACACAGGUGUCAGGGCGAGCGGGUGAAGUGUUCUUGUGAUGACGGAAACCCGAUGGAUCAGAGACGUCAGGUGAACACCUGAUGAUGUCAUGCUGUCCUGACUCACCUCAGUCACCUGAGGCGGCUGAGACUCCUGAAUCCACGAGGUCACAUGACCCACCCCUCUGACCACAUGACUCAUUUUAACGUGUUUGAGUGGUUCUGUGAAUCUGAGCCGUGUUAAAGCUCAGGUGUGUGACGUGUUAAAGUUGAGUAGAUCCUCACGCGUAGAGACGUCACCUCGAGGUGUGAGAGUCUGAAGUCACGUGUUAAAUAUCUGCACUGAGUUUCUGUGAGUUUGAUUCACUUUGUCAAACUCAACAUGUUUCUAUUGAUUCUCAUUGAUCAGUAAAUGUUUGGAUUGUUAAAUACGAGACGGUGAAGAUGAAUUACUGUCCUGGAGUCAGAGACGAUGACCUCCUUUAAUAUUUCAGAUUGUGUUUGAAGCUUGAACAGAACUUUGUUUUAAUCUUCUUU